AUGACGAUGCAGCAAGAAGUUGGUGUGUCCGACUUUGUCCUACUGGACAAUUUGACGACAGAUACGUUCAUCGAAAAUUUGCAUUUAAGGUACCAACACAACAAGAUCUAUACGUAUAUAGGUGAAGUCUUGGUCUCCGUGAAUCCUUACAAGUCUCUGGACAUCUAUGACCAGCAGCACAUGGCUCAAUACAGGGGUCGGGAGAUGUUUGAAGUUCCCCCUCAUGUGUAUGCCGUUGCUGACGCCUGUCAACGAGUGCUUAGACAACAGGGGAGGGACACCUGUGUGCUCAUAUCAGGCGAGUCUGGUUCAGGGAAGACGGAGGCGUCCAAGUUCAUCAUGAAGUACAUAGCGGCCAACACAAUGCAGGUGCACAGGGAGUAUAUAGACAGAGUGAAAAACGUCCUGAUACAAUCGAAUUCUAUCCUAGAGACAUUCGGUAACGCGAAGACGAACAGGAACGACAACUCCUCGAGGUUCGGUAAAUACAUGGACAUACACUUCGACUAUAAAGGGGACCCCAUCGGCGGACACAUCAGCAACUAUCUGUUGGAGAAGAGCAGGGUCGUCAGCCUGCAGCCUGGAGAGAGGAACUUCCACGCCUUCUAUCAGCUCUUAAGCACAAACAACCCGCAGACGAAAAAGUAUGGAUUGAAUUCGAGUUCCGUGUACAAGAUUUUGGGCAACGAGCGUGCGACCGCACACGAUUCUAAACUCUAUAACGUGACCAAGAGCGCCUUUAAUGCUCUGGGCUUCCCGCCGGCUGUUGUGGACGAUAUAUGGAGCAUCGUGGCCGGAGUUAUCUUACUGGGUGAGUUAACAUUCAGUGAGGGCGCUUCAGGCGAGGUAGUUGUCGGCGGUCCAGUAUCAUCAUGUGUCUCUGCCCUGGGAGUGUCUCAAGAGUCUUUAAGGUCCGCGAUGGUGUCCAGAGUGUUAGCUGCGGGCGGUGACCUGGUCAGUAAGGAACACACGCUCACUGACGCUCACUACACACGACUGGCGCUCGCUAAGGCCGCUUAUGAUAGACUGUUCAGUUGGAUCGUACAACAGAUCAACUCAGCGAUCGAGGCGCCCUCUGCCUCCUACCGCUCCAGUGUGAUCGGCGUUCUCGACAUAUACGGCUUCGAGAUCUUCGACACUAACAGCUUCGAACAGUUCUGCAUCAACUAUUGUAACGAGAAGCUACAACAACUAUUCAUAGAGCUGGUCCUCAAGCAGGAGCAGGAGGAGUACUCCCGCGAGGGCAUCACGUGGACCCCCGUCCCCUACUUCAACAACAGAGACAUCUGUGCCCUAGUGGACGCGCCGCACGCCGGCAUCAUAGCUAUCAUGGACGAAGCCUGUCUCAACCCUACAAAGAUAUCCGACGGUCAGCUGUUGGAGGCGAUGGACAAGCGUCUCAACUCACACAAGCACUACACGUCCCGCCAACUGUCGCCGCUAGACAAGAAACUCAAACAUGCUGUAGACUUUCAGAUCACUCACUAUGCGGGCCAAGUGACGUACAACAUUACCGGCUUCAUGGACAAGAACAAGGACUCGCUGUGGCAGGACCUCAAGAGACUAUUACACCGGUCUAGUAACGCAUCGCUCGCUAACAUGUGGCCCGAGGGAGCCGUCGACAUACAGCAGACGUCCAAGCGUCCCCCGUCCGCGGCCAGUUUGUUCCGUUCGUCCAUGUCGUCUCUAGUGAGCGGUCUGUCCAGUAAGGAGCCCUUCUACGUGCGAUGUGUCAAGCCCAACCCUACACAGUCGGCACACAUGUGGGACGAACAACUGGUCCGUCACCAGGUGGCGUACCUCGGUCUAGUAGAGAACGUCCGUGUCCGUCGCGCCGGGUUCGCGUCCCGCCAGCGCUACGACCGGUUCCUCAAGCGGUACAAGAUGCUGUCCCAGUACACGUGGCCCAACUUCCGCGGAGCGAGCGACAAGGACGCGGUCAUGGUGCUGCUUCGGGAUCUACACGUGACAGACGUGCAGUUCGGACACACUAAGCUCUUCAUACGGAGUGCUCGAACUCUUCACGAGCUGGAGCGCGCCCGUUCGGAGCUGAUCCCAUCCAUAGUAGUGCUACUACAGAAGCUGUGGAGAGGAACCCUCGCCCGCCAGCGGUACAAGAAGAUGAAGGCCGCGCUCGUUAUAUACAAUGCGUGGAAACGGUAUCGCUUCAGACGUUACAUAUCAGAGCUACAAUCUAUUCUCUCUCGUCAUCGUAACACAAUUCCUUCCUGGCCGGUCGCGCCCCGCGGGGUGGCUGUCUCUAUACUUCAAGCAGCCUAUCGUCGUUGGCGCGCCUACCUCACACUCAAACCGAUCCCACGGGAACAAUGGCCUCAACUCAAACUCAAGAUAUCGGCGGCUAGCGUGCUCAAAGGCAGGAGGUCACAGUGGGGGGCUGCGAGGGAGUGGAGGGGGGAUUAUCUGGCUAUUAAUUCGUAUAACGAUAAAUCAUCGUCCUACAUAUCGUCCAUAUCAAGCCUACAGCGUUCCCAGUCCCUAGGCCGGCCCCUGUUCUCGUGUCGCGUGUUCAAGUUCAACCGCUACAACAAGAUGUCUGAGCGCUGCCUGCUUAUCACCGACACGUGUCUGUACAAGUUAGACGCGAGCUCCUUCAAGCCGCUCAAGAAGCCCACGCCCAUCACCGAGGUGGGCGGCGUGCGUGUGAUGAGCGGCGAGGCGCAGCUGGUGGUGGUGGUGGUCCCCGGCGCCAGGAACGACCUGGUGGUGGGGCUGGUGGCGCCCCCACACACGGACAUGAUUGGGGAACUGUUAGGAGUACUCGCGCAUACAUACCACAGGUUGACCGGGUCAGAAUUACCGGUGGAGGUGGAGAGCGGCGCCAGCACCAGGUGUAUCCUGGGAGGGAAGACGCGCGCCCUGCAGCUACCACCCCCCACCACCACAAGCCCCUCCCCCACCAACACAAGCCCCGCCCCCUUCACACACGCACACAACGUCAUCACCUACCACCCGGCCUCCGCGAGGGCCUAA